AUGUCUACCAAUUUUGAGAAGCACUUCGAGGAAAAUGUCGACAACUGCUCGUUGGAAGAGUUGAGAGAUAUCCUGGUCAACAAGUCCGGGAACUCCAAGCUUGCAAAUCGUUUCAGAGCGCUUUUCAACUUGAAGGGCGUUGCCGAGGAGUUUGAAAGAAACCCAGAAGACGCUCGCUUGGCGACUGAAUACAUCAACGAGUGUUUCGCAGAUGAGAGCGAACUUUUGAAGCAUGAAGUGGCGUACGUCCUGGGCCAAACCAAAAACAUGGUGGGUGCGCCAUAUUUGAGAAACGUCUUGGCGGACCGUAACCAGCAAUGUAUGGUCCGUCACGAGGCUGCCGAAGGGCUAGGAGCCUUGGGUGAUGUGGAUUCUCUAACUCUGCUAGAACGCUUCUUCAAAGAAGACCCGCUGUUGGAGAUUAGACAGACAUGCGAGUUGGCUAUUGGCCGCAUUAAGUGGCAGAAUAGCGGUGCUGCUAAGACUGAGAAGCUCCAGGAUUCUUUGUACUCGAGUAUCGAUCCCGCUCCACCUCUCACUUUGGACUCCGACUUCAAGAUCGAAGAGCUGAAGAAGAUAAUGAACGACCAGGACAAACCACUAUUUGAAAGAUACAGGGCUAUGUUCAGGCUAAGAGAUAUUGGCAACGACGAAGCCUGCUUGGCUUUGGCGUCCGGGUUCGACGAUCCUUCGGCUCUUUUUAAACACGAAAUCGCCUACGUCUUUGGCCAAAUCGGCAACCCUGUGGUGGUUUCUAAGUUGAUCGAGGUUUUGAAUCGCGAACAAGAGGCACCAAUGGUGAGACACGAGGCUGCUGAAGCCUUGGGAUCUAUUGCCGUGGACGACGUCUUGCCAAUUCUCAAGGGCCAUUUGAAUGAUAAAGAUGAUGUCGUUAGAGAGUCUGCUAUUGUGGCGCUUGACAUGUACGAAUACGAAAACAGCAAUGAACUGGAGUACGCACCCGCCUAA